AUGAAGUUUUUUUUUUUUUUUUUAAACGUAUUAAUCUUUUUAUAUUGUGUUAUUGCUCAAUCAAGUAUAGUAUAUGAUGAAAAUCAGAAAAGUACUCAAUUUCAUUUUGCUUUAUGGACUGUGAUAGUUCUUGUUUCUAUAUUUGCUUUAGGAACUUAUGCAACUUUUCGGAUUUCAUAUACAAAAGAUUCUUUGUUAUAUUCAAAAAUUAACACAUCAAAUCAUGGAAAGUGA